AUGGAGGGUCAACCAAAAAUUGUAAAGCAACAUAGAAGUCGACUUAGACAAGACAUGAAAGUUCAAAACAAAGUGACAAAUAAAUCUAGUCCCACCCACCUCACCGAAACAACUGUUUUUGUUUUGCUGAUUCUCAUUGUCGCUCCUCCCCUCUCUGCCCACCAAAUCCUGCCGUGCCGUCCUCGGUCCUCCUACCGGAUCGAAGAGGAUGCCGCCGCCGCCGGCGCACGGCGCGGACGGCGACAAACCGCUAGUGCUGCUGGCGCAGCCGCUGUUCCCGAACUUGGCGGCGGCGCUGGAGGGCCGGUACCGCCUCGUCCUGGCGGCGGACGCCGAUGCGGCCACGGUGGCGGAGGCGCGAGUCCUGCUCGUGCCGGGGCUCGUGGCCGUGCCCGCCGAGCUGGUCGACAGGUUCCCGGGGCUGGAGCUCGUCGCGGCGACCUCCGUGGGGCUGGAUCACGUGGACCUCGGCGCCUGCCGCCGCCGCGGGCUCGCCGUCACCAAUGCCGGCGCCGCCUUUCCGUCGACACCGCCGACUACGCCGUCGGCCUCGUCGUCGCCGUGCUGCGCAGGGUCGCCGCCGCCGAGGCGCACGUCCGGCGCGGCGCGUGGGCGUCGGAGGGCAAGUACCCGCUCGCCACCAAGGUGAGCGGCAAGCGCGUGGGGAUCCUGGGGCUGGGCAGCAUCGGCACGCUGGUGGCGCGGCGUCUCGCCGCCUUCGGGUGCCGCAUCGCCUACACCUCCCGCGCGCCGAAGCCGUCGUGCCCCUACGAGUUCUUCCCCACGGCGCGCGCCCUCGCCGCGGCCAGCGACGUGUUGGUGCUGUCGUGCGCGCUGACGGAGGAGACGCGGCGCGUGGUGGACUGGGGCGUGAUGGAGGCGCUGGGCGCGGGCGGCGUGCUCGUCAACGUCGGCCGCGGCGGCCUGGUCGACGAGCCGGAGCUGGUGCGGUGCCUGCGUGAGGGCGUCAUCGGCGGCGCCGGGCUGGACGUGUACGAGAGGACGAGCCGGACGUGCCGCCGGAGCUGCUCGCCAUGGACAACGUCGUGCUGUCGGGCCACAGGGCCGUGCUCACUGUGCGGAGUCCAUGCGCGGGGUGGCGGAGGUCGUCGCGGGAAACCUAGAGGCCUUCUUCGCCGGCAGGCCGCUGCUCAGCCCCGUGACGCUGUGAACUCUGGACCACAUGCAUGGAGGAUACCUCAGCUCGUCGCGACUGCCGAGUGCCAUCGAUCAAACUUCAACCCGAGUGGGAUGGAUAUAAUAAUCAACUGUCCAUCACGGACGCCCUCACGCGCCGGCAAAUCACCUGGUUAA